UCAAAGAUAAUGACUGAACAAGUAAUCAAUUGUCGGACACCGGGGAAAGUCAUCCUUCACGGCGAGCACGCAGUCGUCUACGGAAAGAGCGCCGUCGCCUUAAGCGUCGAUUUGGACACAACUGUAUCCAUACGACUGUCAAAGACCUCGAACAAAGUCCGCCUAAAUGUCGACAACUUUAACGACUCUAUCGAGUGGUCUACUGACGAGUUGACACAAAUCCAGUUAAUAACAGACAAACAACACGUCAACAAAGUCUUGGAAUUUAACGACAAUUUAUCUGAAAUCGUGUCAAAACUCAUACCAAACGCUAGUUUACCACCAAAUCUCUGCAACUCUUACAAAGCGUUUCUAUUCCUCUACCUGGCUAUCAGUGACAGCUAUCUAUCAUCUAAGCGGAUACCUCUGGACGUAACGGUGCGCACAGCCCUACCUAUCGGUGCUGGUCUGGGCUCGUCCUCGUCAUACACCGUCGGACUCACGGCUUCUCUAUUCAAAGCGUUUGGUUUACCGCUAGAGCUGCCACUCGUGAGUCAGUGGGCCUUUCAGAUCGACAAACUAUUCCACGGCCGGCCCUCCGGUAUCGACAACUCCAUCUGCACCCACGGC